AUUGUCAUCCUUCGAGCGACUCAUAUUCUACUGCUAUGGUACUUGAUAGGCUCGUAUAUAUGUGCUUUUCUCAACUAUUGUGGUUGUUGGGGGUCUUCCAAAAUCAAGAGCUGAUUUUCCUUAUAACGCACCCCAAUUCAUUUCCAUCAAAUCUCACGUGAAAAAACCCACAGAAAGUGUGUGAGACGAAACCCAGGACCAGAUCAGCGCGCCUAAAUGCAAUCGAAUUGGGCCAGUUAUUCAUUUAACGGUUAGACUAGUAGUGGUUUUAGGGAUACACUUGAUAACAUAUACACCUAUAACCAUUCUCACCUCCAUCUAUGUUUGGAGGUGCUGUAUCUGCUCCUACCAACAGUCCACAUCUACGGAAGUCAGGAAGCCGACCUGCAAUUUUUGAUCUGGGUACAACUGAGUCGGGUAAUAGUUCUGGCGAAGAUUUCUUGCAUUCUGUGGUGUUAAAUGAAAUGAAGGGUGUGAGUACAUCAUUGACCAGCGCUGCAAUUUUGCCAUCUCCUGUUCUUCUGUGGAGAUUUAAGGUACUACUAUUUUUCCUCUGGGGAUUCAUUUGUUGCAAGAUUGGAUGGGAUUCAGUUAUGAGAAUGAGUGCAGAUCUGCGUGAUUUAUUUUUAUAUGAGGCUUUUUUAUAUUAUAAUCCUCUUCUUCUUGUGACCAUGAUGGUUUGGCUUUGGGGAAUAAAUUUAUGGGUCUUUGCCCAGGCUAAUGUUGGAUAUGCUAAAAUUUUUGACCUCGAUCAAAGCCAUCUCACUCAUAGAGAAAUAUGGAAGUGUGCUAUCUGGAUGACAAUCAUUGUCCCAACUAGCAUGACGGCAUAUCUUUAUCUUUAUUCUCAUGGAGAAGUUUCAUUGGCUGCAUCCCAACCAGUGCUCUUAUAUGCUGCUGUGACAAUGGCUCUCAUAUUUCCCUUUGACAUUUUCUAUUUGUCAACCCGCUACUUUUUGUUAAGAACUUUGUGGCGGAUAGUUUUCCCUUUACAGGCAAUAACAUUUCCUGACUUCUUUUUGGCCGAUAUAUUGACCUCAAUGUCAAAGGUUUUUUCAGAUUUGGAGCGUUCAGUUUGUCGAAUGGUCCAUCGCCAGGUUGCUACAAUUGCAUGGUUUGAAGCUGAUUCUGUUUGUGGAAGUCACUCCAUUGCAAUACCUAUAGUUCUUGUUUUGCCUUAUAUUUUUCGUUUUUUUCAAUGUCUUCGGCAAUACAAGGAUACUAGAGAGAAGACAACUUUAUUAAAUGCAUUGAAGUAUUCAACAGCAGUACCUGUUAUUUUUCUUUCGGCCCUUAAGUAUCAUGUCUUCCCCGAAAAGUGGACAAAUGUCUAUCGGCCUUUGUGGCUUCUCUCAAGUGUUUUGAACUCUCUAUACUCGUUCUACUGGGAUGUGACACGAGAUUGGGACUUGAGCUGCUUCACUCGGAUUUUCAAGUUCGGCAAACCGCAUUACUUGUCCCACAUGAUAUACGGAAGGAAAUGGGUUUAUUUUUGGGUGAUUGGAAGCAAUCUUAUCCUGCGAUGCACAUGGACAUACAAGCUGUCAGCUCAUCUUCGCCAUAAUUACCUCACAGUUUUCACCAUAACUGCUCUAGAGAUGCUCCGACGCUUCCAGUGGGCUUUCUUUCGUGUAGAAAACGAAUGGAACAAAAUGAACUCGAAGACAAAUAUUCAACUGUCAACAAGUGAGAUGGUGAAUGAGGAAGAGAAAUUACUUCAUUCCAAUGGUCAUAGUGUAUAGAUAACUAAAAGCUAGCCAGGGAUUGCUGCAUAACUUGAAUCUAUGUUUCUUGCACGGUUGGUAACAUAGAUUGAACAAUUGCUCUCGAGUAUGGUUUAAUGCUAUAUACCAAACAUGCACUUCCUAUAUUCAUUGAUUUUCUCAUAUUGUAGAUGCUAUCAUGCACAAUUAUUCUUGAUUCGAGGGAAUCAUUUUUUGUUAAAGUCGAUGCUUAUUCUCUAAAUAAUGUUAUUGCUUGUUCGACCA